AUCCUCGUUUCUUUCUCCCAUCUUUAUAGCAAAAAGAAGAAGAAGAUACAGAGAAGGACACUUCUUUCCUUUCUUAUUCAUACACUUGCAUCUUUCAUUUGCAUAACCCCACCAGCAUCAAACAAUGGCACCAGCUGCAGGACGCAAGCGCAAGCAACCUCACGACGACGAGCCCGCCGCCACGGCAGCUCCCGCAAAGCGCCAGCAAAAGACCCCGUCGACCAAACCACCCGCACCUGUUCCCGCCAGACGCGGCGGCCGCAAGCGGGACUCACUCACCUCCUCGUCUUCUUCCUCCUCCUCUGCUUCCUCCUCGGUUUCCGCAAAGGGCUCUAUCAAAGCAGACUCGGUCCUGACCACCAUCACAGAGCCUGAUUCUCAGCCGAUCGAAGAUACGCAGGUUGACGUCGACCCCGAGGAGAAAAAAGAGGCCGCGACCACUAAUGGCACAAAACAUGAGCCCGCGGCGCCGAAGCCAUACAAGCUGCGCAAAGUCACAAAAGAAAUCACUCCGAUCCCAGCUCUGAAAUCCGUCCCCCUCAACGUUUACGUCUUUGGCACCGGCAGCAUGGCCGAGCUCGGUCUCGGCCCCGAGGCAAAGACAAAAGAAGUCAAGCGCCCGCGUCUGAACCCGUUUCUUCCCAUCGACUCGGUCUCAAUCGUCGACUUCGCCGUCGGCGGCGCGCAUGUCCUCGCCCUCGACAAAGACGGCAAGAUUUGGUCCUGGGGUUGUAAUGACCAUGGUACCCUCGGUCGCAAUACCUCACAGGGCGAGGAGGGAUUACUCCGUGAUAUGGAUGCUGAAGACGACGACGACGAUGACGGUGAUCUUAACCCGCUCGAGAGCACUCCGGCUAAAGUCACCGGACUGCCUGAUGAUCUUGUCUUUGUCCAGGUCGCGGCUUCUGAUAGCUUGAGCUUGGCCCUCACCAGCGAAGGCCGCGUCUGGGCCUGGGGUACAUUCAGACACAAUGAAGGUAUUCUCGGCUUCAACGAGGACGUCAUGUUCCAGAGAGAGCCAGUCCAGGUCCGGAUCGAGUUCCCCGUCAGCCAGAUUGCGGCCGGCAAGGACCACGUAAUGGCCUUAACCACGAACGGCAAAGUCUACACCUGGGGCAACGGUCAGCAAUUCCAGCUCGGCCACCGCGUGCUCGACCGCUACCAGAAGCAGGCUCUGCAGCCGCGCGAGAUCGGUAUCCGAAAUAUCAAGUACAUCGGAUCUGGCGAGUUCCAUUCGUUUGCGAUCGACACCCAAGGCCGCGUGUUGGCCUGGGGGUUGAAUCAGUUUGGCCAGUGCGGAAUUCCAAGCGAAGGCGCGGGCGAGGACGGCGCGGUGGUCACCGAGCCGACGUACAUCAACGCGUUUGAUGGCAAAAACAUCAUCUCAAUCACAGCAGGCGAGCACCACUCCGUCGCGCUCUCGGCAGAGAACGACAUGUACACUUUCGGCCGCAUCGAUUCGUCCGAGAUCGGCAUCGAAAAAGACGAGCUGCCCGACACCGCCGUCAAAGACGACAGCGGCCGCCCGCGCUUCCUUCCCGUGCCUACCAAAGUCGCGCUCGAGAACGAGGACGGGAAAGUCAAGUACAUUGCCUGCGGAAGCCACCACAACAUCGCGCUCGCGAGCUCCGAUGGCUCGGCGUGGACCUGGGGAUUCGGCGAGACGUAUCAGUGCGGCCAGGGUCCUGCGGGCGAGGACGUUGAGAUUCCGACAAAGAUUGAAAACACGGCUACGCAGGGGGUGAAUAUGCUGCUUGCCGGCGCUGGAGGACAGUUUAGCGUUAUUGGUGGACUUAAAACUGAAGCGAAGGAGGAGAAGUGAUGCGUGUGAGAUAUUUCGUCAAUAGACUGGUUGAUUCUUUUGAACAAUUUUGUCUAAUGAGACUUAUCCUAGCGUCUCUCUUAAAAGUUCUUGCUGAUCUGCAAAUCAAAGCUAGUACUCAUUGUAUUAAAAGCUAGAAUGAAAAAAAAAGA